AUUCUCAACAUGGCGGCACUGAUUGUUGCGGUGGUGGGGAUCAUAUUGGUAACAAUAUGGUUUUUUCAAUCGUCACGCAACAAGGAACUUGUAAACAAACUGCCCGGUCCCCCUGCACUACCCUUAAUCGGAAAUGCUCACCAGCUAUCGCCAUCGGGAGCAGAUUUCUAUGGGCAGCUUCUGCAGUUUGCGGAGACGUACAAGGAAGAAGGGAUGUUUCGUAUAUGGCUGGGUGUUGUACCGGUCAUAGCUCUCUACAAGGCGGAAUUGUCCGAGGUGAUACUCAACAGCACCAAGCACAUAGACAAGGCAUUCAUGUAUCGCUUCCUGCAUCCCUGGCUGGGGACUGGACUUCUCACGAGCACAGGGAAGAAAUGGCAUGGGCGACGCAAGAUGCUCACACCGACAUUUCACUUCAAGAUCCUGACAGAUUUUGUCUUGGUGUUCAAUGAGCAGGCUCAAAUACUGAAGGAGAAAUUAAGGUCCAAGGUUGGAAGCAAGCCAUUCAACAUCUUCCCAGAUAUCACCCUAUGUGCUCUGGACAUCAUCUGUGAGACAGCAAUGGGGCGAAACAUUAAUGCUCAGAGUAAUAGUGACUCUGCAUAUGUCAGUGCAGUAUACAAGAUGAGCACUAUUCUACUGAAACGCAUGAGGUCUCCAUGGUACUGGCCUAGUGUCCUCUUCAACACCUUUGGUUCAGGCAAUGAACAUGACAAGUGUCUCAGCAUCCUGCACAGUUUUACUAAGAAGGUGAUCUUGGAGAAGAAGCAGGAGUUGUCCUCCAGGAGGGAGACUGGAGCGGUCAGUCGGGAGGAGGAGGAGGUUGUGGGCAGGAAGAAACGCCUGGCCUUCAUGGACAUGCUGCUGCACAUGUCUGAUGAUGGAGCCAUUCUGUCUGAUGACGACAUCAGGGAAGAAGUGGACACAUUUAUGUUUGAGGGUCAUGAUACAACUGCUGCAGCCAUGAACUGGGCAGUGUUCCUCAUCAGUUCCAACACGAGGAUACAGCAGAAACUACAUGAGGAAUUAGACUCAGUGUUUGGUGACAGUGAGGAGCCUGCCACGAUGGAGAACCUGAAGGAUCUCAAGUACCUGGAGUCUUGCAUCAAGGAAGCUCUGAGACUCUACCCAUCUGUGCCGUCCUUUGCUCGCACUCUUACUGAUGAUGCUGAUAUAGGGGGCCUUGUCAUCCCUAAACAUACUUCUGUGGUGCUGUUGACCUCUGCCCUCCACCGUGACCCCCUGUACUUCCCUGACCCCGAGGUCUUCAACCCUGACAGGUUCCUCCCCGAGAAUAUCAAGAAUCGCCACCCCUACUCGUAUGUGCCCUUCUCUGCUGGGAUGAGGAAUUGCAUUGGUCAGAAGUUUGCCCUGCUGGAAGAGAAAGUCAUCUUAUCCACCAUCUUCCGUAACUUCACAGUAAAGACACACCAAAAACGUGAAGACCUGAAACCCGUGGGCGAUCUGAUCCUGCGACCAGAGGAGGGUAUCUUUGUCACCCUCAGAAGCCGAACCUGAGAGGCCACACCCAUGUCAACUCCUGGUCAACUCCUGGUCUGCGGGAUGAGGCCAUUGUAGAGGCCACGAUUGAUCAGGACACAUGAUUUUGAAUUGCAUUUGUCACCAAUCCAGUUAAUGGAAAAUACAUAGUGUAAAUCAAUAAAUUUAUGCAGGCAUGAAAUUAAUGAGAAAAAUGUGAGUGGUCCUUGUUUGAAUAAAUAAAGUGACACAUGUCUAUCUGGACAUGUUGGAGUGCAGGUUCACUGCACAUGGGCGGAAACAAGGACAUAUGAGACAAAGCUCUCAAUAAACAUUUAUUUUUCAAAGGCAGGGAUACUCUCAUUAAUUUAAUGAUGUAUUUAAGACCAGGGAUCGGUACUCGCAUAUAUUUGGUGUCGCAUUAAUUUCAUGAUUUUCAGUAAAGUUGAGUGUCAACAUGUAACAAUAUGUAACCAUAUGUAAUACUUAGAAAUACAAGGUCUAUACACUUUCUAUACACUUUAUUCAGAUGUAUUGUAGGCCAUAAGCCCAUGAUACAAUGGUUACAGUGUGGUGAUGGGAGAUGGAGAUCCCAACAGACUUUGCCUUAGAUUCAUAGCUUUUAGAAUAUACAUGGCUAGUUUCUUAACAGUAGAUGGGUUAGUGGAUGACAUUAAAAUAUUGUACUUAUGUCUUGUCUUGUCUUGUCUCAUAAUAAUUCAAAGAUAUAUAUUCCGACCUCAAAACUUGAUAACAAUCACAAAUUAAAAUAAAUUGAUACUCAUCUUCGAUAUAAUCAUGUUUACAGACAGUACAAACUGUUUCUUCUCUAGGUUCCUUAUUGUGUCUACCUGAUUCAAUUCUUAGAUGAUGAAAACUACAUCUGAAACGAGCCAUAAUUCUUCUAAAUUUAUCACAUGAUAGCCUUGUAAUAUACAUUUCAACACCAAAUGUUUGCUUAUACAAAGAAUAAUAAUAUGAUUUCGAACUUUCACGUAUAGCUGAAUGCCAGUCUUGUUGGUACGAUAAUUUUAGCCUCACAAAAAAAUCCUUUAUAAACAAAGGUAUAUUUGCAACACACUGUUGAUCCCAUAUAAAACCAAAUCCUGCUGACACAAUUAUGUGUCUAAUUUUGGAAACCCAGUUUACUUUACCAUUACCUACAGCUUGCAGUUGCAUAUUAUAGCAUUUCUUUACAUAUCUAGAUUCUGGCAUUUUCAAAAUUUUGCACCAAUAUUUAACAACUCUUUUAUAAGCAUAGAUGUAUAGAGGAUAUCGGCAACAUUCACCUCUUAUAACGUGAUUUGAGGUGGAGACCUUAACACCUAAAAAGCGCUUACAAGCCAUCAUGUGGAAAUGCAAGGUCAAUAAGUACUAACAACAUAGCCACAUGUUUUCAGUUUCCACUUUGUGUGUAAAUGCUGUUACGCUCACACUAGUCGCAUUCACUGGGGGAACUGUCUUCCAUUCAACACUGACAUAUCCCUUCAUGUGAAUUCAUGAUCCAUGUACAUCAGCACCCUGCUUGUCAUGUUAUAACAUAGUCACAGGCACUCCUAGUCAGUGUGGUUUCACUGGGAAUACUUUCCACUUCUGUGUUUGCAUAAAACACAGUUGUAUCCCAAGUGACACGACUUUCCUCACUUUGUAUCUCACACUCAGGGCAUAAUGUCAGCACAAGGAGGAACUAGCUGCACUCAUGUGGUUAUCACAUUACCAACCCUGCUGCAGUUGUCAACGUUUCUCCUGUCAAUCUCUGGAUUGUCUAGUUAGGAUUGAUUAUUUACAGGCUGCCGUCAUAUUGCUGGAAUAUUGCUAUGUGCAGCAUUAGACAACAAACAAUUCCAUGACAGAUUAGUCAUUUAAAGGACAAUCAUCUUGCCGUGCUCCACCUUGAGGUGGUCAAUUUUCUUUCUGGUGCAUAGUAAUUUACUGUUAUUGUUUAACAUAUAAUAUCUUCAAUCAUUAUUUAUACAUGUAUGAUUUACACAUUUACUCAGGGAAACGUCAAUCAAUAAAUGCAGUGUUUUGACCA